AUGCUACAUUGCAAGCAUCUCUUAUCCCCUUCGAGCUUCAAGAGAAAAGUAGUUGCAGUAGCAACACCCAACAACCUCACAUCAGUCAAUCACAGGCCACUACUGUUGCCUAAAUUGCCUGGUUUCUUGAGCAUGGAUGAUGUUACACGAUCUCAACCGUUUCCUUUCGCUUCAACAGCUGCCAAGGCAUCCCAGAACAACACCAUUGAUCCACAGCCCAAAUAUGAGGGCAAGAAGAUCAAAGGGAGGGUGGUGUUGAUGAAGAAGAAUGUUCUGGACUUGAACGACCUUACAGCAUCGGUUCUCGAUCGUGUUGGUGAGCUGGUAGGCAAAGCGGUUUCUCUGCAGUUCAUUAGUUCUGUCAAUGGUGACCCUGAAAAGGGGUCCCCAGGAAAAGUUGGAAAGCCAGCAUAUUUGGAAAAUUGGAUUACCACAAUCACCCCCUUAACAGCAGGGGACUCUGCAUUUGAUAUUACUUUUGAUUGGGAUGAGGAGAUUGGGACUCUCACGCUUGAAGAUGUUCCUGGUGAAGGUCAAAUCCACUUUGUCUGCAACUCAUGGGUGUACCCUGCUGACAAGUACAAAAAAGACCGCAUUUUCUUCGCAAACAAGACUUAUCUUUCAAGUGACACACCAAAGCCACUACAGAAAUUCAGAGAAGAAGAGCUAGUAAACUUGAGAGGAGAUGAUGAUGAUAAAACAAGAGAGCUUCAGGAAUGGGACAGGGGUCAGGAGUAUGCCCGUCCAGUUCUCGGAGGGUCGAGUGAGUUCCCUUAUCCUCGCAGGGGAAGAACAGGAAGACCACCAACUGAGACAGAUCCUAACACUGAGAGCCAGCUGAAGCUUAUUAUGAGCCUAAAUAUAUACGUUCCAAGAGACGAAAGAUUUGGUCCCUUAAAAUUGUCAGACUUGCUUGCUUAUGGUUUGAAAACCAUACCUCAGGUCCUUAAACCUGAGCUAGCAGCUCUACUUGUUGGCAGCCACAAUGAGUUCAACAACAUGCAAGAAGUACUUAUGCUCUAUGAAGGAGGUAUAGAGUUGCCUGAUGGUAUACUAAAAUAUAUUAGGGAUAGCAUACAUGAAGAGCUGUUCAAGGAACUUUUUCGAACUGAUGGUGGAAAAUUCCUCAAAUUCCCAGUGCCUCAAGUGAUCCAAGACAAUAAGUCGGCAUGGAGAACUGAUGAAGAAUUUGCAAGAGAAAUGCUGGCUGGAGUAAAUCCUGUCGCCAUUCGUCGUCUCCAAGAAUUUCCACCUGCUAGCAAGCUAGACCAAAAAGCAUAUGGGGAUCAAACAAGUCAAAUAACCAAAGAACACAUAGAACAUAACUUAAAAGGACUGAGCAUAGAUGAGGCAAUCAAGAACAACAAGCUAUUCAUAUUAGACCACCAUGAUGCAUUGAUGCCGUACCUGAGGCGUAUAAACACAACUUCCACAAAAACUUAUUCAAGCAGAACACUCCUUUUCUUAGAAAAUGAUGGGACUUUGAAGCCAUUAGCUAUUGAGUUAAGCUUGCCACAUCCUGAUGGAGAUCAAUUUGGCUGCAUUAGCAAAGUCUAUACUCCCUCUAGCCAGGGCGUCGAGAGUUCCAUUUGGCAACUUGCUAAAGCUUAUGUGAAUGUAAAUGACUCUGGCCAUCAUCAGCUCAUCAGCCACUGGUUAAAAACUCAUGCAGUGAUUGAACCGUUUGUGAUAGCAGCAAAUCGGCAGUUGAGCGUGCUUCACCCAAUUCAUAACUUCUGCAUCCUCAUUUUCGUGAAACUAUGA